AUGGGUUAUUGCGCACACAGCGGGCUCAACUGUAGCGGCGACUCCAACUACGACCGUUCAGUGAUGUUGGACUGGAGGUUAUCAUGUCUUCUUCUGCAGGCAGCUGCUUUGCUGCUGCUCAGCAAGGGGGAGAGGAUGUGCCCUGUGAGUUGUCGCUGCGAAGGAAAGAUUGUUUAUUGCGAGUCUGGCAUCUUCCAAGACAUCCCGGAAAACAUCACCACGGGAUGCCAGGGUCUGUCUCUGCGCUAUAACAACCUGCUGGUUCUGCUGCCGUAUCAGUUCGCUCAUCUCAAUCAGCUUAUCUGGCUUUACUUGGACCACAACUCCAUCAAUGCAAUAGAUGCUCUAGCCUUCCACGGUGUGCGCAGGCUCAAGGAACUGAUCCUCAGCUCCAACAAAAUAUCCCAUCUGCACAAUAACACAUUCAGUGCCAUACCAAACCUGCGAAAUAUGGACUUAUCUUACAAUCAGCUGCAGUAUCUGCAACCAGGACAUUUUUAUGGACUGCGCAAGCUACAGAAUCUCCACCUUCGAUCUAAUGGACUGAAACAAAUCUUCAUUCGCACGUUUCUGGAGUGCCGCAGCCUGGAGUUUCUAGAUUUGGGUUAUAAUCGCUUACGGAGCCUCACCCGUACAACGUUCCUAGGCCUGUUCAAACUGAAAGAGCUUCAUUUAGAGCACAAUCAAUUUUCCAGGAUUAAUUUCUUUAUUUUCCCACGCCUUACCAAUCUCCAAGCGCUUUACUUGCAAUGGAACCGCAUACGAUCCAUCAAUCAAGGUGUGCCUUGGACCUGGCACAAGCUACAGAAAUUGGACCUGUCAGGGAAUGAAAUCCAAAUCUUGGACCCAGCUGUUUUCCAGUGUAUGCCAAACUUACAGACACUCAACCUUGAAUCAAACAAGCUGAGCAGCGUGCCCGUGGAAGCUGUGGCAGCGUGGACCUCCCUGACCACCAUCAGCCUGGCUGGUAAUGCCUGGGACUGCAGCCCCAGCAUCUGCCCUCUCAUGGGUUGGCUCAGAACCUUCAGAGACCCCAAAGACAUUAGCAUGAUAUGCAGCAGUCCCAAGUCAGUGCAGGGAGAAAGAGUCGUGGACGUAGUGAGAAACCACUCGACAUGUGUGGAAGUGUCAAAUGUGUUCACGACCACAGCUCUCAUCGUUCUGACUUCAGCCCAAGUUGUGAACAUCACAACUCACCCUUCUCCCUCCAGUGUUACAGACCUGACUCGUAGUGAGUCACCUGCACAAAGAUUAACCCCUUCAUCGGUCCGUCCUAGUGGGCCAGACAGAAAGACAACAGAGUCCACAACCAUGAGCUCUACCUCACCCAUCUCCCCUGAACCCCCAACUUCAUUUAUCCCAGAGCUACAGUUUGAACAUAUGGCUUUCCAUAAAAUCAUUGCAGGCAGCGUAGCCCUGUUCCUGUCAGUGUCAUUGAUCCUCCUGGUUAUUUAUGUCUCGUGGAGGCGCUACCCCAACACCAUGAGGCAGCUGCAGCAGCACUCAGUCAACCAUAAGCGCAGGAAAAAGGCCCGCAAGCAGGAGCAGGAUCUUAACACUCAGCUGCAAGAGUAUUAUCUGAGCUACCAUUCAAACUCAGAGACCAUGGACUCUUUGGUGAAUGAGACAAGGCCGUGCACGUGCACAAUAUCAGGAUCCAUAGAAUGUGAGGUCUGAGCUACCCGCUCCACUUUAAGAGACUAAAAGUGCAAUUGUUGAGCAGAGGUAAAUGGUUUUUCCGCAAGAUUAAGUGGUUUUAUCUCUAAUGUGAGAUGAUAGAUUCUGCAGCACUGAAGGAAAUACUUGGGGGCAUAGUACAAUAUAAUUAUGUGCACAGAAAAGAAGACUGAAACUGAGAGAUAUAUUUGGAGAGAGCUAAUUAUCACCCUGACUGACACAAGGACUGUGGCAGGGUCAGCCAGGUUAGCUCUGUGCAAUUUCACGUUUCAGCCGGACCUCUGCUACAGUAGAAGUCAGCUCUGUAGAGAGACUGACAUUAUUCUUAGUCAACCUGUAUCGCCAUAAAAUACGAACCAACAAAGCCACUUUUUACUUGCUAGUUUGUUUGUUUUUUUUAAUUAUGUAGCUUGUAAAGCUUUUAGGAUGUAUUGUAUGUGUGCAUCUGUGAGUGUAUGUGUGUGUUUGGGUGCAUCAUCGGGAUGCUCCGUUAAUCUCCUGGUUUACUGACCUCUGGUUGGAAGAGUUACAGAUAAUAUUUGUCCAGUUAACCUGUUUUGCAUCCACUGUAGUGCAGCAAUUAGAAGUAGCACUACCACACAAAAAUAGGGGAACAAUGACAGAGAGAGAGGAUCUUGUCCUGAGAUAUUUUGCAUGAUAUUUACUCAAGAUUCUCUCCCCUAAAAAAUGAGCAGUUUUAAUUGACAAAAAUAUAGUAUUUGGGUUUACUGUGGUACACACCACACAAACUGACUAUAUUUAAAAAAAAAAAAACAAAAA